AAGUUGAGCGGGAGGUCCACUUGGCGGGAAUGGUGGACCCACGUCUCGCUCAUCCGUUCGGUUGGGGUUCCGUUGAAGGGGGGAGAGAGAGAGAGAUGUUGAUUAAUGAUUAUAAUGAGGAAGAGAAGAUUUGAGAGAGAAAGAGAGAAGAGAGGGAAUCCGAUAGAUAUAGAAAUCGUCGGCGAGUGAAAAUCCUCAAAACCAAAGAAAAUAAUAAGGUUCUUUAAAUGACGGCACAUGGGCGGCACGCCGGGGCCGUCUUUUUUGGGUUAUAAAUUCUUGAGAGACGGUCUCGGCUUCUCGUCACUCUCCACUUGUCUGCAUCCUCACUCACGUGCUUUCUUUCUCUGCUCUGCUUCUCUGCUUCUCUGCUUUCUUUUUGUUUCUCCACAAAUCUUAUCUUGUUUCCUUGAUUUGGCUUUUCUGGGACCGGCGGUUAGUUGGAGAUAUCAAUUAAGUUUUCUGGGGUUAGUUUUGUUUGUUGGUUGAGAAAGAAAGUAACACAGAGAACAAUAAAGAGACAUGGAUGGUAGGAAGCAAGUAACUUCUUCUUCUUCUUCGUUUCCUUCAGACCUUUUCGGUGCCAAGAACUCCUCUUCCUCUUCAUCGUCGGGAAUCUUUGGGUCUGUUUUUUCAGCGUCAUCCACGGUGGUGGGCAAGGAGUCUUCAAACUCUGAAUUGAUUGGUUCGUCGAGGAAACAGGAAUCUGCAAGUCAGUUCUGGAACACCAAACAGGGAGUCCCAGGAAAAUAUGCCGACAACAGGGAAGGCCACGGCCAUGGCAUUCUGAACAAGGACAGGAAUUCUAUUUACCAGGGUGAGACAGUAGAACCAUGUUGUCUCAGCUCGUCUCUUUAUUAUGGUGGCCAGGAAGUUUAUACCCAAUCUUCAAGCAGCCGGGUCUCCGAAUCAAAACCUAUUUUCAAGAAAGAUGGGGAGGAUGAUCCAAAUGGAAACAAUUUAAACAGUGCUUCAAGAGGGAAUUGGUGGCAAGGAUCACUCUAUUACUAAAGCCUCGUCUUCCAGAGAAUGUUUUUUUCUGCAUCUACAUACUAAGGAACUAAAAAAUGGUUUGGCAGUGGUUUGAGAUCUGCCCUUUGUAUAUGGAAGAAAUAUGGUAUACAUAUAUAGUUAGUCUGGUGUGGACAGAAUUUCCAAUGGGUUUGUUUUUUGCUUUUCCCAGUCGGAUAGUAUAGCAGAAAACCUUUGUCUAGUUUGAUUUUGUUUUUAUACUAGUAGCUUACUUGGGAGAGAUGGUUAGGUCAGGGAUGCUAUGUAACGUCUAUCUCCCAGUGUUUUCUGACUACACAUCUGGAAGUGGAAGUUGGCUAGCCUAAUCUUCCUUCUGUAUAUGAUAGCUGGUCUAUGUUACUUGGCUUUUCAAUUCCAACAAGAUGUGUAGCUAUGAAAAGUAUAUAUGUUGUGGGCCUGUUUUCCUUUACAGCUUGUGUGAAAAAAAAAUUAAAAAGAUAUUCUGAUAGAUACA